AUGGCAAAACAUGGACGCCGUAUGACGGCUCACGCACAAUCGCCUCUGGCGCUAGCCAGAAGCUCUCUCUCCAAGCUGGCAAAGAGGUUCCACAGUGGCCCAGGUGACAAGUUCCGCGUGAAGAUCCCCAACCGCGAACUUGUUCAAUUAUCAGAUCCAGCGAGAAGGCUGGAGCCCCGAGACGAAGUAUCCCUGCUCACCAUCCAUCCCAACCAGGGCAGUGCCCCCCUUGUGGUCACAGCCGAAGAUCCUCUGGCAGUUGAGCCUACUAGAGAUGUGCCAAAGGGACCACACAAGCUCCCGAUCAUGGUGGUGAGACGGAUAGGGGAGGACUACACCUCCAUUUGCGAUGAGAAUGAGCCAAGGGAGGCAUUGUCCAGUCUAAACAAGGACUGCCUCGCCUUUGUGAUAACUUACAUACUGUCUUCGAUCCUCCCACUGCGAGAAAAAAGCCUGCCAGCUGUGCAGAAGGUUGUAGCGAACAACAUCCAACGCCUCGACUUCUCUGAACUCUCCAGUCAGCCUCCACCGCACCAGUGUCCAUUGUCGCCAUUUGGGGGUGACCCCUUCUAUCUGCCCGACGGCAGCAAUGGGUGCGGAGGAGGAUGUGGCGAGCUGCCAGGAGGGUUGCCCGGUGGCUGUGGAAGCAACUAUCCGGACGACGAUGACAGCAGCCACGGAGCCGACCAAGGCAGCAACGGCGAAGGUGGCGACGGGAGCCAGGGCAAAGGGAAGGGCGCAGACACGAAUAGCCCUCAGUUCGCCUGUCCCUUCUUCCGGCACGACCCUUUCCGCUAUGAGAAGUGUCUCAAGUUUAAACUGAGCCGCUACAGCGAUGUCAAACAACACAUCAAGCGAUACCACGUCGUCGACUCGUACUACUGCCCUUCGUGCAUGCAACAAUGGAAGACACACUGCGAAGAGUAUGAGGCUCACAUGGCCGCGGGAUGCACCAAGGCAUCUACCCACAAGUACCUGGAUAAAGAAGAAGUCGAACACAUCAUCGGGAAGUCCAGGGUCAGAGGGCGAACCGGGAUGGACAAUUGGAUGGAGAUGUGGCGCCGAUUGUUCCCCGAAGAUGACAGGCUUGUCUCUCCGUUCUUGGACACGUACUUUGCGGAGAUGGCCAAUGCCUGCCGGGACAGAAACCGCCUGAAGAUUGAGGAGAAGUUGAAGUCCUGGAUAGCAGCCGGGGGCGAGCCAACCGAAGAGAAGAUGCGUGAGAUGGUCACGGAGAUCCAGGACUUGUGCUUGAACACGGCCCCGGCUGAGCCCCGAGUCUCUCGAAUGCCGAACCACUUGUACGCCAAGUCGACCGGAUCUCUUUCGAUCCAGGUCCAGGAAUCACGACCAAGAAACCAUUCGGAUCCUGGCCCAUCCUCGCUCGUGGUGCCGUGUGAGAAUCACGCUCCAGCGACGGCACCCUUGAUGUAUUCACAGGGCAGCAACGAGCAAUAUCUCUCGGUGCCGCCUAGAGAAUAUCGCCCUUCGCGUAAUAGCAUCAGCGCACUGCCUUUUCACACCCAGACCAUGGCCACUCAAGAGCAGCCUUUCCUGGGCCCCAGGAGCAGCUCGUUCAGCGGGGGCUUCACAACAACAAACUUUUCAGCAACCACCGACAUGUUCAAUGCUGCCAGUGGCCUCCAAUACAACGAGGCGGACUCCAACUUGCUGCUAGAGGAAUACCCCACGAUGGCGAGUCCGUGGGGAAUAGAGGAUAGCCUUGGCGCCGCACAGGGCCUGGGCAGCGUCGCGGGUCGCGUCCAACUGGACUUCGACCCGUCGUAUCUGCAAGGCAUCCCGCCGCACAUUGGCCCCCAAGACCUUCUGGGAGCAGACUCGGGGAUGAUCAACACAUCUGAGCUUGGCAGCAUCGGUACGGGGAACACGCCACACCUAGAUGUGCCCUCGCCGUCAUCGUCGGCAAGGAGCAUACAGCUCGCGCAGCCGAAGCGGAAGGCCUCCAAGUCUGCCGACGCAAAGCAGCCCACGGCCAAGCGUGGUCCGACCCGAUACUCGGGUACAUGA